AUGAGAGAUAGUGAUCUACAUCUUGACGAUGAAGACUUAAAAAAUUUAGGACUUCUCGAAAUUGAGCAUAUAUUAAAUAGAAAUGGAAGAUCUCUCAAAGAUUUCCCUCCCAUGCCAUUGCCAUCUUCGCAAGGUGCUCAAUUUGUGACAAAUAGGCUCAUCAGAGAAGAGAUGGAGUACGAUAGUGUUUCGGAAAAACAAUUGUUCAAUGAAUUACAUUCUGGUUUAAAUAGUGAGCAAUUGGAAGUUUAUGACACCAUAAUGAAUGCAUACAAUUGUAAAAAAAGGGGUUUGUUUUUCCUUUAUGGAAGUGGGGGAACAGGAAAAACAUAUCUGUGGAAAACAUUGAUAGCAAAGUUUAGGUCAGAAAAAAAAAUUGUCCUUUUAGUUGCAUCAUCUGCAAUUGCGGCUUUACUGUUACCAGGAGGUAGAACUGCGCAUUCACGCUUUAAAAUUCCAAUUAAUUUGGAUGAAUUCUCAAGUUGUAGUAUUAAUCAACAGACUGAACUGGCAAAAUUAAUUCAAGAGGCAUCAUUGAUCAUAUGGGAUGAAGCUCCAAUGCACCAUCGUUAUGGAUUUGAGGCAGUUGAUCGUACUUUCAGAGAUAUACUAAAGGGUACAGAAUUUUGUUCAACUGAUUGUUUAUUUGGUGGAAAACUAUUCAUACUUGGUGGUGACUUCAGACAAAUUUUACCUGUAGUACCAAAAGGUAGGCGGGAAGCCACAAUUGCAGCAUCGUUGAAGGAAUCGACUAUUUGGAAUCAUUGUCGUGUGUUGCAUUUGAGGACCAAUAUGCGUAUUAUGGCCCAUGAUACUUCUAUUCAAAUGCGUCAACAACUAAGGGAUUUUGCUAACUGGAUAUUGAUGAUUGGUGAUGGAAAAAUACCUGGAAUUUCUUUCACUGAAGGCGGGGAGACUAAUUGGAUUGAAAUUCCAGAACAGUUCUUGAUUAGAAAUGGAUCACAUGCUCUACAUGAUUUGAUCCAUGCAAUCUAUCCAGAAUUAAGUACUAGAUACAGUGACAGUUCUUACUUGAAAGAACGUAGCAUCUUAUGCUGA